AUGUCAAGUUAUCCUGGAGAACAUUCAAAUAUACCUAAACAUAUGCUUGAAGCAUUAGAAAACCAACCAUUGAAUCAUUUGGUGCCUAAAGAUGGACUUGCCACACUGAUAACUUCCAAUAUAUCACUCGGUUUGCCACACCAGCAAAAUCCAUUUGAUCCGUCUACUGCAUCCUCUGAAAUUGAGAAGAUUGAAGGUAUAAAUCUCCAUUUCCCUGAAGAUACGACAAAUCCAUCAAACCAACUACUAUUUAGACGACCGGUCAGACACCUUGAGAGUGGUGGGACUUCGCAGUCUUUGCAAUUUGAUGCGAAUUUGUCUCCAUUAGCUAAAAAGUGUCUUCUGGCAAAUAAUUCUAAAGCUAUUCAAGAAAACAUAAAAUAUUCAAAGGAUAUAAAGCCUUCACCAAUUCCAAUAGUAGAAAAGACGCACUCUCCAAAACGUCCUCUCGGUGAUAUCUCACUGUAUUUAGAAAAAGAAUUAGAGCAACCCGAAAAGAAAGCCAAAGUCAUUUCUGGAGUAUCAAUGAAUCAAAUGACACUAGGUGAACAAUAUAUUAAGGACCUUAAAUCAAUUCUUGAAUAUGUUGGAUAUCAGGGACAAACGGCCGAAGUUUACGCAAAUUUAGAAUACUGGAGCACUCUUCCGAAUGAUGCUCAUAUUCUUACAGAAAAAUGUAUAGAAACAUUAUCGUUGGUCUUGAAAAAUAUUGUUUCAAUACCGCAAAUAUGGAACCAAAUUGAAACCGAAUGGCUUCAAAUGCUAUUAAACUUAUUAACUGACAAUAUUCAGGCGUUAUCAGACCAAUUGGAUAACACAUCAAAGAUAAAUGAGCGCAACUCUUGGAGAAGGAUAAUAUACGGUUCGACAAUCUGUAUAUUUACAAUAUUUAAAUUUAACAGAAGCGAUAAAAGAUUGUCCUUGGAAAGAUAUGUGCUAACCCCAUUGAAUUUUAUCGCUACGGCAUUUGAAUCAACCACUGCCAUAGGUGAUAUGAUACAAUCUGAUCUUAAGACAGAAACAUCAUAUCUUAACGAAUCUAUAUCACUACUUCCAUUAUAUAUCCAAAACAGUCCAUAUUUAGACGAUGGGCUCAUUACAAAACUUGUUUAUGUCUUCACGGGUGUUCUAAUGAACGAUAACUCUGACUUUGCAACUUUGAUCGCUUCUCAAAAUACUAACGUUUUGGAAAAUAUAAAAAAUUCAAGUACUGCUAUUCUAGUAUCUUUAUUCGCUAAACUUCCCGAUCAAAGAGACUUCAUAUUGCAAGAAUUGUUAACACAAAGUGAAGGGUUACCUCUAAAACGACUACAAAAAAAACUAAGGAAAGUCGAUAACGGAACAUAUGUCACUGAUUUUACUAUUACUAUUCUAAAAAUGCUUGAAAUUUUUAACUGCUAUGAUUAUGCUAAAAGUCUGAAUGAGAUUACACCAGAUACAUUAAGACUGCUGGAAAAUGAAAAUCACAAACAGCAACAAGGAUUACAAAAUAUUUCUGAAACAAUUAACGAAACUAUAGUAAGGCAAUUUCUUGAGAACACAACAAAAUACCGUCACGUUUUAGACCAUUAUGCACAAGACCUGACGCAAUUACUACCAUGUCCACAAUGGCCUGCCGUGAAUGAAUUAUUGAGUUCCUUAAUGAAAAAAUUAUUAACGAUUUUCAGUCCAACACACUCAAGGAAUACCAAUAUCGAUUCUACGUGCUUACAAAUUCUUGGGAACAUCGGGUCUAGUAUUUUCGAAUUGAAAUGUAAGAUAGGAUCUAAACUUUCUAAAAACCUAAUUGAAUUAUUCAACUAUCCAGAAAAUGUGCCGCUAUUUUUAAGCUAUUUUGAAGAUUGUCUCGAGUUUGUUAAAGUUAAUUCAACUCGAAUGUCCAACUUUAAAUACCUUUGGAACCAGAGGUAUAUUACAUUACUCAAGUUAAGGAACUUUGCAGAAACAAAGGAGGAAGAGGAUAGUAAUCGAACAAUAAUUGGGAUCGUUGAAGACGAACUUUCAAAAUUAAACAAAGAGGAACUCAUAGUAAAUGCUAUUAAGGAUAGUACGACCAUUGAGGGGGAAUUCAAUUCAAUCCUCCAUGCAUUUGAAAUACUAAAUCUGUAUGAGCCCUAUUUGAAACUCAUUUUAUCGUUUUUAGGUCAGGAGAAAAUUAAGCUAAGAUCCACAGCUAUCAAAUGUCUCUCUAUGCUUGCAAAUAAAGAUGCAAAUUUCCUAAAUAAUCCUUUGGUGAAAGACACAAUGCAGCAAAGACUGAGUGAUUCAUCUGCAUCUGUAAAAGAUGCCAUUCUAGAUCUAGUAAGCAUCAACUCAUCAUAUUUAAAUUUCUACAAGCAGAUUAACAAUAAUUUUGAUGACGAUAGCAUUCUGGUAAGAAAGCGUGUGCUGAAAAUAAAUAGUAAGAUUUAUGAUGAAUCCUCCGAUAUAGAGACUAAAAUUUUUGUUGGAUCCCGAAUACUUUUGAAAAUAGAGGAUGAGGAAGAUACUAUUAUCGCCAUGGCAAGAGAGAUUCUUCUUGAUCGCUGGAUUUUCUCCAUUGAUGCACUAAAGGAUGAUCUAGAACAGGAAGGAUUACUCUGCAGCAUGAUUGUUUUGGUUUUGGCUGGAAUAGCAUCAUUGAAUGAAAAAUGUUCACAACUAUUUGAUUCAUUCCUGAAUUUCUAUCUUUUGAAUGAAAAGGUACAUACUCCUCCAGUGUAUCAGACUAUAAAGAAAGCUUUAAACACUUUAACGAACUUUUUGGUUCAAAGCAUUGUUGAACUUCAAUCGUCAGACUCCACUAAUGAUGCUUUAAAGAUUCAAAAACAGAAGUACCUUACCCUUCUAAGUAAGUUUUCAGACUGUUCAACGUGCUUUAUAACGAAAGACCAUAUUAUCUCCCUUUAUCCUUAUUUGCUAUCUGAAGAAGGGUCGGAGUUGCAGUAUCAUAUUCUUCAUCUCUUUAAGAAUGUAUUUGAAACAUUGUCCAAUUUUCAAUCUAAAUUCCUGUUUAAUUUAGAAACUACCUUACUUAGUAGAUUACCGAAAAUGAGUACAAGAGAAUUAGAUGCAGCUAUGCCCUUAAUUUGGAUCGUCGCCUCACAACGAAACAAUUAUGAGAGAGUUUCUAAAGCAUGCUCAUCCUGUUUUGGUCAUCUUAGUCCUUAUAUCAACAGAGCUACAAAGGAGCCUAACAAAAUAAUUGCUGAUGGAAAGCUGCAACGACUUAUAUACUUGGCUACUGGAUUUGCAAGAUUCUGUCCUCUAGAUACUACUAAGAAUAAGAUAAUUUACAUCCAAGAUGGGGAGUCUCUGUAUCAGUACGUUACCAAGUGUUUGCUUGUCCUCUCAAAAGUAAAUAUUGUCCAUAUUAUCCGAAGAAUUUCUAUUAAGAAUCUAACAAAACUUUGUGGUGAUUAUCCAAAACUAUUCAACUCGAAACAUAUACUUACAUUACUAGAUAACGAAUUUCAAAGCAACAGUCUGGAUAUAAAGCUAGUCAUCCUAGAGAGUUUUUUUGACUUCUUUGUAUUGGAAGAAAAAAAGUCCAUUAGAAAAGCAGGUGUUGAUAAGACACUAUCUUCCAAUAAAUCCCUUAAAAAAGAUCUUCUAAGAGAGCAGAAAACCGAAUUUAUUAACGAUGGAGUAUGUUCAGCACUUGUAUCAAGAUUUCUAAAGAAUAUUUUAGAUAUAUGUCUUUCCAUUGAUGCAAAGAGUUCGUUAGUAGCACUUCGUCUCUUAAAAUUAAUACUGCAAUAUGGAUAUACCAACCCCACUUAUGCGAUCCCCACAGUCAUUGCAUUGAUGUCAUCGACGAACAAGUACCUAGCCCAUAUAGCUAAGGAAAUUUUACAGGAUCUCUUUGAAAAAUUUGAAUCGCUGGUUCUCUCAGCUGUACCCAAAGGGGUUAAUAUCGCGUCUGCUUAUUUAUAUUCGAUAGAGCCAACUCAUUAUUUGAAAAAUCUUAUGUUUUUGAGAUCGGUUCAGGAUAUUAUUGGCACUGGAAAAAAGAAUUCGCCCAAGUUCAUCAAAGCAAUUGUCAAAAUUAUUAAUUCUAAUUUCAAUGGCAUUGUUGGGACCGAAGUCGAUGAUGCAAGGAUGCGUUCAAUAAUGUUAUUACUAUCCAAUAUGCCGCAGCUGAGUCUGAACUCACAGUUUGACCUCUUCAUUAUUUUGAAAAAUCUGAAUAUAAUUCAAGAGCAACUAAAGGAAAAAACAGAAGACACUUUACAAGAGUCAGACGGUCGACACAGGAGUGCAACUUUUUUGAAUUCUUUUAGGGUUCAAUUAAUUCUUCUCGAAAUCAGUGAGUACAUGAUGGCUAUUUAUGGAAUAAGGAGUGACAUUUUAGAAUAUGAUAUAACCCAAGAAUCAGAAUUGAAGAAUAGACACUUGCAUCCAAUUAAAAAAUGUGACGGUUAUAGAAUCACUGAAAUUGUGACGGGAGUGAUGAACAAGUCAGAGGAAGAAUUAACUUCGCUAUAUUUGGACAUGAUGGAAAAAAUAACGUAUUGA